AAAGCAACUGCAGGUCCACUGAUUCGCAUUUCUAGAAACUGGGAAAUUUCUUAAGAUUUUAAUUCUGGCAGCUCUUUAAUUGUCUCUUUGUGGUUGCAAAUCCACUGGAUACACUGUCUUAUUUCUGCUAUUCUUCUCUAUUACAGGGUAGACUUUCUUUUUCCCAUCUGUUACAGGGGAAAUAUAAUUCCUUAGAAGGAAGUUGUUUUGAUCUGACGUCUUUAGAGGAUGCUUUUGACUGAUAUCAGAGUUUAAGUCCAUCGUGGGUCAAGUAACUGGUCACCAAAUGCUUUGUUUGGUUGUGUGCUGUCUGAUAUGGUUGAUUUCUGCCUUAGAUGGGAGCUGUUCAGAACCCCCUCCGGUGAACAAUAGUGUGUUUGUUGGAAAGGAAACUGAAGAACAGAUUCUGGGAAUUUACCUUUGUAUCAAAGGCUACCACUUGGUGGGAAAGAAGUCUUUGGUCUUUGAUCCCUCGAAGGAAUGGAAUGCGACCCUCCCUGAGUGCCUCCUGGGCCACUGUCCUGACCCUGUACUGGAAAAUGGCAAGAUCAAUUCUUCUGGGCCUGUGAAUAUAAGUGGCAAAAUCAUGUUUGAGUGUAAUGAUGGUUACAUCCUCAAGGGAAGCAAUUGGAGCCAGUGCCUAGAGGACCACACCUGGGCACCUCCCUUGCCCAUCUGCCGAAGUAGAGACUGUGAACCUCCUGAGACUCCUGUCCAUGGCUAUUUUGAAGGAGAAACUUUCACUUCAGGAUCUGUCGUUACUUAUUACUGUGAAGAUGGGUACCACCUAGUGGGCACACAGAAGGUGCAGUGCAGUGAUGGAGAGUGGAGCCCGUCCUAUCCUACCUGUGAGUCCAUCCAGGAACCCCCCAAAUCAGCUGAACAGAGUGCACUUGAGAAAGCUAUUCUUGCCUUUCAGGAGAGUAAGGACCUUUGCAAUGCUACAGAGAACUUUGUGAGACAGCUAAGGGAAGGUGGAAUAACAAUGGAAGAACUUAAAUGUUCUCUGGAGAUGAAGAAAACUAAGCUGAAGUCGGAUAUUUUACUGAACUACCAUAGCUAAGCAGAAUGGUUACAGACAGACACCUAUGAAUAAAUUGCUUCUAAAGGUG